ACGAAAUUGCACGAAAUUGUGUUUUUGUUUGUUAUCUUACAAAUUACAAUUCUUGAGUUUUAAUUAUACUCAAAUUGAAAUUAUUUAUGUUAUUUCUUUAGUCAUAGAAGUGAAAUGGCUGUUAUUCCAACUAUGAAAAAAAUUAACACAAAAAUCCCUGGAAUUUUACCGCCUCCGCCAAAAACUGAAAUCGACGGUAAAAUCUCUGAUCUUUCGUCAAAAACAAUUCCAGAAUUAAUAGAACUCCAGUCUCGACAAGCUAAACUAUUGUGCAAUAAGUCUUUUGUUUCCAAACUGCCAGACAAAGGCGCUAAAAUACAGGCUUUCCAUGACAAAAUUGCUAGUACACUAAAGGAAAAACAAGAGGAAGAACAAACAUGUCGUUUAUUUAGUGAUAUGAAGCUGGACAAUCGUACUGUUCAAGAGUUUGAAUGGAAGGGCAAAUUAGACGCAAAUAGGAACACUUAUCUAGAUUCAGAUGAUGACAGUGAACCUGAAGAUGUUUUGCAAAUACUCAGCCAAAGCACAGCCCAUGAAAAGAAGGUGAAAGUGAUAGAGCCAAUGGAGCCAAGUAUAACAACUGAGGAUCUUGUUAAAAUAGGAGAAAUCCCACAUGUGAGGUAUAUUGUUGAAAAGACAGAGCACAAGCCUGAAUCAAAAAAGGCAACAGGAAACUUCAAGCCGUUCAAAACCACUGUAUCAGAUGUGCACAACCCAGAAAAGGAGAUUCUUAGGAAAAAGCACAAACACUGGGAGGUGACUGCAGCCACGCCUCCACCUUCCAUCCAUGGUCCGGCAAAGUUGCUGGCUUUGGAAGAGUCUUUAAAACUGCAAAAGGAGUAUAAUGUACACUUGAAGGAAGUUGAGGCCCAACAUGCUGCUGAGAAGUUAUUGGCCCGGACUGGAAUCAAAAUGCCCGUUCUGCCGAAAGAUACAACAACCUUUGGAUCAUACAGAGACGCAAACAGCGAUGAUUCGGAAGAGUCUGAUGAGGAGGGCAGUGAUAAAGAGGUGCAUGAUGAGGAACCUGAAAGAGGCGGAGUUGUUUUUACAGUCAUGAAGUAAUUU